ACUUCUUUUACGUAGUUUUAAAAACCUUUACAACGUUGCACGACUAUCGUUACGUAUUUUAGUUGCACGUUCCAUUUUUUGCUAGUUUUUUUAAUCGCGGAAGUGCUGCGUUGUGUUUUGUGCAGUAAGUAACACAGUUACAGUAUUUCUGUAGUGCUUUCAUUGUGAGACGGCGUUUAAAAAAGAGAAAAAGAUCAGACGUUAACUCUGGAAACAGAUUGAAAAAUGGAGGACGACGCUCCUGUCAUUUAUGGUCUCGAAUUCCAGGCACGAGCACUUACUGCCCAGGCAGCUGAAACUGAUGCCAUUCGUUUCCUUGUAGGCACACAGUCACUAAAAUUUGACAACCAGAUCCACAUCAUUGACUUUGAUGAUGAGAAUAACAUCAUUAAUAAGAAUGUCCUUCUGCACCAAGCUGGGGAGAUAUGGCACAUUGGCGCCAGUCCUGCAGAUAAGGCUGUGCUCACCACCUGCUAUAACAAAACCAGUGACAGCAGGGUGGUGUCCUGUGCGGCAGUAUGGCGAAUGCCCUCUGAUUGGGAGACAGGAAGCCAUGAGUCACCUGACGACUCCGCCCACAACCCCCAAACCUUGGAGCUGCUCUGUCACCUAGAUGACAGCGCCCACAUCAACACUGUCUGCGUGCUAUGGGAGCCCAUGGGGGAUGGCAAGCGUGUGAUUUCAUUGGCUGAUAACCACGCACUACUCUGGGACCUGCAGGAGAGUUCCACACAGGCCAAGGUCUCCAACACUGCCACCCUGGAGGGCAAAGGGCAGCUCAAGUUCACCUCGGGCAAGUGGAGCCCCCACCACAGCUGCAGCCAGCUCGCCACAGCCAAUGACACGGCCAUACGAGGCUGGGACCUUCGCACCAUGAGUCAGAUCUACUGCAUAGAGAAUGCCCAUGGCCAGCUGGUGCGUGACCUGGACUUCAACCCCAACCGCCAGUACUAUCUGGCCAGCUGCGGAGACGACUGUAAGGUCAAGUUCUGGGACGUGCGCAACGUCCAGGAGCCCGUCAAAACCCUGGAGGAGCACUCACACUGGUGGGUGCAUUGGUGGGGGCCGGGGUGUCGGACCAGGGGUGGAAACGGAUUCAGGGGUAAGGAGCCCCUAAAGGACAGCGUGGUGUCUACCUAUGAGGAACAUGAAGACAGCGUAUAUGCGGCGGAGUGGUCGUCGGCCGACCCCUGGCUCUUCGCCUCGCUGAGCUACGAUGGGCGCCUCGUCAUCAACAGGGUCCCCCGCGCCCUCAAAUACCGCAUCCUUCUCUGAGAGAGUGGGCAGGGACAGGUGAUCUGAAUGUGUGUGUGUGUGUGUGUGUGUGUGUGUACAGGAAGUGUGCUAGAG